UGUUUUGAUUUUUGCUCAAAAAUAUAUAUUUUUUAAAUCCCUUCAAAAAUUUGAAUUUUUGGUGAAUAAAACCAUGUGCGAAAAGGUCACCGCCAGCUGUAGUUGGCCCCAAUUGGCGGGCAACGGCUUGGACCAACUGGUGGCCACCCGUUUGUCCGACGAAGACGUCUUUGUGAAGCCCGACUUGGACGAUGUAAUAAACGAGGAUCGCGCCGUGCUGUUCUCCAUGCAGUCUGCCGAUCCGGAUCCGCCGCCACCUUGCGAGCUGAGGUUCCAAAUCCAGACCCGCUUCAAAAUCGCAGCGCUCACCCUCAUUUGCAGCGCCCCCAAAGUGGAGCUGUUCAUUGGACCCCUGCAGGAGUAUUGCGAAACGAUAUACGGAAUCUGCGUCGAGGAGGAGGAUCCCGAGGUGCCGGUGCGACCCUAUCGCUACGACAUGGAGAUCGACCGGUCCGGCAUCAAUGACAUAAAUCUCAAGAUGCUCACCUCGGCCAGCGAGAUAUGCGUCUAUGGAGCACUGCUUCAGGUGGCACCGAAUCCGAAUGGCAUAACCACCCAGUUGCCCAGGCCAAUGGAUCCGCAAAGAAUCCAGGAACUGCUGCAAAGGGGCGGCUCGAGUCCGUCGAGCAAGGAGGAGCAGGCCGAGAAGUUCCAACAGUUCAUGUCCCUGAUGAAGGGCUGUUCGCCGAAAGCGGAGGUGAAAGCCCAGGAGGCUGUUCCUCCCACCGAUGUCGCAGUCCUCAAGGAACACAUAGACAUGAGAUUUGAAAAGCUGACGCAAUUAGUGGCCAAACGACUGGACAACUUUGAAGCCCAGCAAACGGAAAAGCUAGACAAAAUUAUCGCCCUGCUGGAAAAGCAAAAAUAAUAUCUUUAAACUCGCUCAUUUGUAAUUUUUUUUGUAUCAUUCAUCAUUGUAUUUUGUAAUUGUUCUAACAGACUGUCGGUGCGAAUAUUUCGAAUGUGAUUAGGCAAAGUAUUUGUCCAUAAGUUUGGUUUUUGAAUAAAUUGAUCUAAAUCUAAAAUUUGAA